AUGUGUCACAAUAUAAAAUGGAAAUUUUCCAUUGAUUAUGCAUCAUUUUAUAAAUGUUCAUUGUAUAUGCUGGUGGCGUCUCGCAUUCUAUCAUCCAGUGUUGUUUUAUCUGAAAUUUCGGUCUUCUUUAUUAUGGCAGUGAUUAUAGUACUGUCAGGAUGUGUGGCGCGAAGGAAGGAUAAUUACGUAUUAGUUAAGGAUGCUAACGUACCUGAAAUUAAUGAUCCGCCACAGCGGUAUCUUCCAUUAUCUUUGACACUUGUUGUUAUUGGGAAAUACGGUGUAACGAAGAAACCAGUGCAAGGAUGGGGACUGCGUACGGACGAUACGCUAAAAAAUGUUGCAACGCUACCGAAUUCAGAAAGCGCGAAGCAGCAGUGUCCUGUGAAGAGAGAUGCAUGA